UCAUUGCAGCAGUAGCAGGCUGUUUCCUGUUCUGGCUGACUCUCACCACGCGAUCCUUGUCCGGGACCGAAAGCUGCAGUCACUUCCUACAAACUAGUAUUUCCAUGUCCUACUUCACGGUUCGUUUUGUCACCGGGACACAGCAUGCUUUCCUUGAAACAAGUGAAGCAGAGCUUAGAGAGCGCAGGACAGUCUCACAUCCUGCAGUUUUGGCCCGAGCUGUGUGAUGAGGACAGACACAGUUUCCUCCAGGAACUUUCCCAGCUGGACCUUAAGGGACUUAAGGAUCACUGUGAGGGAGCUGCGAGGGCUGCGACCUCCCCGUCCGCUAGCCUGGAUCAACACAUAGAGCCUGUCCCCGCAGAGUCCAUCGGCAGCGUGAGGAAGAGUGACAAGGAGUCUCUCGCAGUGUGGGAAAAUGAAGGGCUUUUGCAAAUCUCAGAGAAUCGAGUUGGAGUCCUUCUCUUGGCCGGCGGUCAGGGAACCCGUCUUGGUGUUCAGUAUCCCAAAGGAAUGUAUAAUGUUGGGCUACCAAGCGGAAAAACAUUGUAUCAAAUCCAGGCAGAGCGUAUUCACAAAAUCCGGGAGCUGGCCGACAGAAAGUAUGACUCAAACUGCACCGUUCCAUGGUACAUAAUGACCAGUGAGUUCACUUUGGCUCCCACUGAGAAGUUCUUCAAGGAAAACAACUACUUUGGUCUGGAGCCAGCAAACAUUGUAAUGUUUGAGCAAAGGAUGAUCCCAGCAGUGACCUUUGACGGAAAGGUCAUUCUGCAGGGGAAAGGGAAGAUAGCCAUGGCCCCAGAUGGUAAUGGUGGUCUGUACCAGGCGCUGGUGGACCACAAGGUGCUGGAGGACAUGAAGAAGAGGGAAGUGGAGUACCUGCAUGUGUACUGUGUUGACAACAUCCUGGUCAAAAUGGCCGACCCUGUGUUUAUUGGGUUCUGUGUGAGCAAAGGGGCUGACUGCGGAGCCAAGGUGGUGGAGAAGGCAAACCCUGCUGAGCCAGUUGGCGUGGUUUGCAGGGUGCAAGGCGUCUCCCAGGUAGUGGAGUACAGUGAGAUCCAACCAGAGACAGCUGAGCUCCGAGGACCUGGAGGGGAGUUGGUGUACAGUGCUGGAAACAUCUGCAAUCACUUUUUCACCAGGGCUUUCCUGCAGGAUGUAGCUGAGGUUUAUGAAGGCCAACUGAAACAACAUGUCGCAUUCAAGAAAGUACCCUUUGUGGACACAUGUGGAAAUCGAGUCAAACCCACCAAACCCAAUGGCAUUAAGAUGGAGAAAUUUGUUUUUGAUGUCUUUCCAUUCUCAAGGAACUUUGUUGCGUUUGAGGUUGUGAGGGAGGAUGAGUUUUCCCCACUAAAAAAUGCAGAUGGAGCAGCCACAGACAGCCCAACCAUGGCUAGAAACUCUCUGCUGGCCCAACACUGCCGCUGGGCAACGGCCGCAAAAGCCACGCUGUUAGAUGAACAAGGGAAUACCCUUCCUCCUACAGCCAGGGAAUCAGCAGGGGACAACCCUCCAGCACAAUGUGAGAUUUCACCACUGGUCUCCUACUUUGGUGAGGGCCUGGAGCAGCUGCUCAAAGGGAGGACACUGCCAACUCCUCUCAUUCUGGAUGAAAAAAAGGCCAGAGAGCUGCAGGCUCAGUAGCAGUUUUCUGAACAAUAGAGUUAUGGUGACAGGAGCAGAUAUAUCAAAGGCAUUCAGGAUGGAGGAACCCUGAAUGUGUUUGGAAGUAUCAGCCCAAGAAUGCACAAUUGUUUAAAUACAUAUUUGAACUGUAUGUGAAGAUAAUAAUUUCAAACUGUCAUGCAUGUCAUGCUAUUCUGUCUUUGUUGAGGAAGACCUACAAAUCAUGUGAUGUGUUCAAACAAAUAAGACAAAUUAGCAAUGUGUUUUUGGAAUUCAUUUUAAGUUUUUGUUUUGUUUUACAUAAAACCAGAAAUAUGAUCAUAA